AUGGACAACCUAAAGCAAGAAAACGUGGUGUUUGAGCUCCGGUGGAGGAACAAAGUUCCAGUUCUUGGAAAGAUUGGAAGGUCACAGCUGUUGGGGAGGGCAGAGAUUCCUUGGAAACAAGUGUUUGAGUCACCAAACAUGGAAAUAAAGAAGUGGGUCACGAUGAUUUCAACAAGGCGGCAUGUGCUUGAUGGUGCCAAGCCACCUAAGCUGCAGGUGGGGAUGAGAAUUCAAGUUCCUGCAAUGGUGGAAAUGGAGACUAGGACACAUGUAAAGGUUAACAAGUGGAAAUAUGAGUGUGAAUGCAAAGAUGGUCAUGGCUACAGUACUUGUGAAGAUUACGAAAUUUUUGCACUAGCGGCUGCUUUGGAGGCCUUUUAG